UGGGGAGAUAUUCAUCUGUGCUGCACACAAACCCCAUCGCUUGUGAUUGGCCACAACACCGAUGUUUACAUCACUUCGGUGCGUUUGAACCGCAAAGUAUUGUAUCGACGCUGCUAUUCGAGGAAGAAUUUUGUCGCUUUUUGUGUUUUAUCGUUUGUCGGAGAGUUCCAGCACGAUGUCUGUAAGGCUGUGUUAGAGCUGGUCCGUGUUUCAGAGACUGUGCGGUUACAGCCAUCAUCUGGUGUUAGCUAACGCCCGGUAGACGGCACUUGAUGGUCAAACCUGGGAAACAACGUUAGCAGCUGCAGUCUGCGUGUAAAACGCGAUUCAUUCAGCCCCAGUCUGACUCAGAGAGAUGCCACCCAACAAACGGAUACAGAAGAAAACACUGAAAUUGGAGUGCGAAUGGGGUUCGUGUCAGGAGUCGUUCAGUCGGAUGGAAAACUUCUGCAAGCAUGCGGAGGGUCACCUUAGUGCGUUGAACAUGGCGGAGGAGGACGAGGAAGAAGCAGAGGGGGAAAGAAACUGUCUCUGGAGAGAGUGUGGUUUCUGCUCUGUGGAGGGUCCUGAAGAGUUGCGACGACAUCUGUUCUUUCACUGUUACCACACUAAGCUGAAGCAGUUGGGUCAGCAGGUGCUCAAUGCCCAGCCAGAAAUUGGCAGCUGCUCCAUCGGCUACCACAACCGCAACAUCAUCCCUGAAAUCCCAGACAAUUUUAUCUGCCUUUGGGGGGAAUGUGAGCAACCACCAUAUGAAAACCCUGAGUGGUUCUACCGCCAUGUGGAGAUGCAUAGCCUGUGCAUCGAUAUACCAGCAGGAGACUGUGAAUUCCCAAUACGCUGCGGAUGGAAAGAUUGCGAAGCCACUGCUAAGGGCCGUCCUAAGCUCCGGGAGCAUCUGCGCAGCCACACCCAGGAGAAGGUAGUGGCAUGUCCAGGCUGUGGGGGCAUGUACGCCAGCAACACCAAGUUGUUUGACCACAUCAUACGACAGAGCGCCAUGGAAGGUCAGAGGUUCCAGUGUUCUCAUUGUUCCAAACGUUUUGCAACAGAACGACUGUUGAGAGACCACAUGAGGACCCACGUGAGCCACUACAAAUGCCCGCUCUGUGACAUGACUUGUCCAUCACCCUCUUCACUGCGCAACCAUAUCAAGUUCCGCCACAGUAAUGAGAAGCCAUACAGCUGUGAAUACUGUGAAUACAGCUGUAAGAAUCUGAUCGAUUUGCGCAAACACCUGGAUACGCACAGCAGCGAGCCGGCAUUCCACUGUGACAUUCCUGGCUGUGGUUUCACCUCUCGUACCCUUGGCACCAUGAAGAUUCACCACAAAAAAGAGCAUGAGGGGAGUUUUGUAGCUCGCUACAAGUGCCACGUGUGUGGUCAGUGCUUCACCAGGGGCAACAACCUAACAGUCCAUCUGCACAAAAAGCAUCAAUUCAAAUGGCCCGCUGGACACCCAAGGUUCAGGUACAAGGAGCACGAAGACGGCUUCUUGCGUCUCCAGCUGAUCCGCUACGAGAGUGUGGAACUGACCGAGCAGUUGAUGAGGGAAAGACAAAACAGGCAAGCGGAGGAAGGUGAGGACGGUGACCAGACUGAGGGGCAGGAGCUCGAAGAAUCUGCGGGUGCAGCUCCUUCAGAGUUGCAGGUGGAACUGAGAGGGGUGCUGCUGGAGGAGCAGAGGACUGAGGAGACGACCAUCAGUGCUGAGGAGAGCAGUCAGGAAGAGGGCAUGUUGUACGUUCUGACUGGAGGUUUGUCACAAGCUGGAGAGGGCUCUGCCAUGCUGCAUCUUCAGGAUAUUGCAAAGCAGCAAGGAAUGCAGAUGGUUUGACCCCCGCAACAGUCCUGCAUACAUGAGAGGACAUUCUGUAAUCUGUUCUGCUGUUUCAAGGAUACAUGGAAAGUAUAUGAAAAAUCUUGUGGAAUACCUGACCCUUUAGUGGGGGCUGGUACAGAGAUGUAGCUCUGAUUCUAAAGUUAGAAAGUGAGGAUAAGUUAAAACGUUUAAAUGAAGGAACACUUACUCCAUGAUUUUGACUAUAAGCCUAUAUUAGGUAAUAAACCUUUUUUACAUGUUAUGUUUGCUAAUAUUGAACGUGUGGACAACCUGUUUGCCAGUAUUUUAAAAUUAUUAUCAAUUUAGUCAUUGUACUGCAACAUCGUCAGAUUGUUGGAUACUAAUGCUUUAUUGCCUAGUGGCUGGUCAUUCAUUUUUAGAUGGUAAAGCUGUCCAGAAUUCAGAAAUACAUCAGCCACUUUUGAAGGUUUAAGAUAUGACUCAAAGUAAUGGUGUGUUAGCAUUAGCACCAUAAUGUGUGGAAUCUAGCAAAGAUGGCUUAACUCAUUAGCUUGGAAAGUGUGUAUUUUUUGACAUGGAAUCUAAAACUUGAAUAAACUUGUGACCCAAAAU